AUGUACAAGGAAGAGGAUUUUGUUACCCGUGUCAAUGAGAUAACAUCAGGCAAGGGAGUUGAUGUUGUCUAUGAUUCCAUUGGAAAAGACACCUUUCAGGGUUCUUUGGCAUGCUUAAAAAUCCGCGGAUACAUGGUAAGUUUGGGGCAGUCCUCCGGUACACCAGACACACUGCCAUUGUCGGCACUUGCAGCAAAAUCGCUGUUCUUGUCAAGGCCCCACCUCAUGCACUACAAUCUAACACGGGAAGAGCUGCUUGAAACUGCUGGAGAGCUAUUUGCUUGCAUCACAUCAGCGGUCUUACGGAUCCGUGUAAAUCGUACCUACCCCUUAUCUCAAGCUGCACAGGCACAUGCUGAUCUUGAGGAUCGGAAAACAUCGGGAUCUGUUGUCCUGAUACCAGAUGGUGUUGACCAGUAA